UUGAGCUGUUUCUAAAAAUGUUUAUUUCUGAUCAGGCGCAAUAGCUGCCCCUUUCUAAAGGACGUGUUUGUAGGGGUCCUUGCGUUUUUAACGUUUUUCGCGCCACCUCUGAACAGAGAAGGACAGCACAGAAUAGCAUCUUCUAGUUAUAUCGCUUCUUAUUUAAUACUUUCGAGCAAUUAUUUUAGUGAAUAUGUACACUAGGAUAUUCUUGUCGUCGUUCUGUUCACCAUAAAUGGAAGAAAGAUGUCGAUAUAAUCGGUUUUAGCUUAAUUUUUUUAAAUGUUGUACAGUUAGCCUGUUUACUUCGUUUAUUGUGAGUUAACCCUUGGCUAAGAGACUAAGAUUAAGAGCUGCCAGCAAUAUUCCAAGUCAUCCACUGAUUAAAAAAAGAAAGAAAAAAAAAGUCAAGCAGUUCUUACUUGCUUUUAUAGAAGACUGGUGUGAUGACUGCUGAGGACGAAAACCUGGACGAGCUACUCUCCUUGUUUGAGGAGAGUCAGGGUCCGGAUCCAGAGAACUCCUCUUCCAAGGAAGUGGAAGAUAACUUGGAUGGUCUUUUCGAUGAUGAAGACGGCGAAGGUUAUGCUGAGCCAGAGGAGGAGGAUGCGACGUUGGAGAACUCGGACACAGGAGCAGAAAGUGAGCACAAUCAAUCCAAAGAGGACCUGGAAGCUGAGUUGAGGAACAUGCAAGAGAAGAUGCAGAAGCUACAGCAGCAGCUGGAGGCAUCACAAAAGUGUGCAGAUGUCUCCCGGACCAAACGUACAGAAGACAAUGCUUUCUCCUCACAAAGUCAGACAAGUACCAAGAGUUCACCAGCAACCCAGCAGUACAGCAAGCCUCUGACUUCACCUCAGCAGAGCAGCAGACAAAUCAAAGCAAAUCAGAGCACCAAGACACCCCAGAGAGCAGCUACAGUGUCUUCCUCACCCCAGUUCUCAGCAGCAGGGCUGACUAGGAAAGUGCAGAACAAGCAGAGGACUGCACAGCAACCCAAUGCAGCCUCCCAGAAUUCUUUGAGUCAGGGUGUGAGUGACAAGUUGUCACAGCCAGUGAGGAGUAUCAGUGUGGUCAACAACACAAUGAAGUCACCACCAGUAAGCAAAAGUGCUGGUGUAUCCCCUCCCAUUGCAAUACAGGCCACACCCCGACCAUCUGUCACUCAGGAUGUUACCGUGGAGAAAUUCUCAGGUCUCAGGCUUAGGAGACCUCGGCUGUCCUCGGUAGAAAUCGAACACAAAAUGGCUAACCGCAGAAUGAUCCGGAUUUCACAGCUGCCCGAUCGACUGGCUCGGGAAAAUCUGGAAGACAGCGACUGGGUCACAUUUGCUGUGCUGAUAAAUAAAAUCACCCCACAAAGCAAGAAUAAUGGGAAAACCUUCAGUAUCUGGAAGCUGAAUGACCUUCAUAAUUUAGAUGUGACCGUAUCACUCUUCCUCUUUGGGACUGUUCACGCAGACCUGUGGAAGACUGACACCGGGACAGUGAUUGGUAUACUCAACCCAAACCAAAUGAAGAACAAAGAUGGCUCCAGUGAGCUUUGCCUCACAGUUGACCAUCCACAGAAGGUUCUGAUGUUGGGAGAAGCCAUGGAUUUUGGUACCUGCAAGGCCAAAAAGAAAAACGGAGAUUCCUGCACACAGCUAGUCAACUUGUAUGAAUGCCAGUACUGCCAGUACCACGUUAAAGCACAGUACAAGAAAAUCAGCUCAAAAAGGGCCGAGCUCCAGUCCAGUUACACAGGCAUUGCCCCUCAUAAAGGAAAAGGCAGUGGAAGUUUACGAGAACGCUUGUGCCAGAGUGACUUCCACUACGGGGGUCUGUCGUCACUUGCAUGUGCACCAUCAAUGACUGGCCCACAGCCUAAGAAACAGCCCUCAAUUCAGGCAGUUUUGGCUUCCAUCCCUAACAAGAUGAUUGCCAUUAGAUCAGGUGAGGUGACGGGAUGUUCUGAUGACUUCAGAAGCCUAAUGACCAUGCCUACACCAGGAGCUCUGAACAUAAAGAAGCAUCUAGGAACAACUAAGACACGAGAACUUUCCGGAUCAUCGGUUCAGUCCAUCUCUGCAGCUGAGCUCCUCAAGCAACAGAAAGCACUUCACCAGCAAAGGUUUCAGGCCAGGCACAAGAGGGCCGAGGAAAUCCAGAAGAGGGUGCUGCAAAGCACAGGAGGUGCUGUGAUUCCAGCUAGACCUUCCGUAAACAGGGCAGAUCUGUCCUCCCCGAAAGCAGCUUCAGAGGGUCGCAAAGGCUCCUCUCCACCUAAACCUGGCCUCUCCACCCCUCCUGUACCCACCUUGGGACGAGGUUACACAGAAGGAGAGGAUAUUCUACUGGACAUGUCACCUCCUCCAUGCUCAAAAAGCAUCUCUGCUGCAAAACUGGCUGCAGUCAAAAAGCUCCAAGCCAAAGGAGUGGCACUUAUUAAAGAUGACCCUAACGCUGUGAAACGCAAGCGGCCGAACAGCAAUGACCUCACAGUUCGAGUGGAGCGCAGCCUAGCCUCACCUGAAGGGGAGAAUAGAGCAGAGCAGGAGGUAGAGGAGCCAGCUCAGAAGAAGAGGCGUGAGCAGCUAGAUUAUAUCCAGUCUGAGGAGUUUCAGCACAUUCUGAAUGCCAAGUCUACAAACUCCUGGAUAAUGGGGGAGGUGGAAGAGAAGGCCAUGCAGGAUUACUUUGAGCCACUGGUACAAAAAGAGAAGUUGGAAGAGAAGAUGAAGAGCAUCAGGGAGCUGAAAUGUCGAGCAGUCACCUGUAAAACUUGUAAGUACACACACUUCAAACCAGCUGAGCGCUGCAUAGAGGAGAAACACGAUUACCAUUGGCAUGAUGCCAUCAAGCGUUUCUUCAAAUGCCCGUGUGGCCAAAGGAAGAUCAGCCUGAGCCGUUUCCCCACCGCAGCUUGCAGCAACUGUGGUGUGUUUAAGUGGGAGAGAGAUGGCAUGUUAAAGGAAAAGAAUGGACCAAAAAUUGGAGGUGAACUGCUGCUGCCGCGUGGUGAAGAACACUCCAAAUUCCUCAAUGGUCUGAAAUAAAGCCAGCAGUCCUCCUGCUAUCUGACUCAGUCCUCUUCUCCUCUCACGCAGUGCUCAGGCAGUCUUUUUAUUACAGUGCACAAUGAUGAAACUGGAAGCCUCUCGAUUUUCCCUGAGCCAGGCCGACACCGAAGUGCUGUUAACUUACAGCUUUUCAUAUCCGCACACGAGGCUUGAGUGCAGUGCUAAUGUAAAUUGUUGCAAUUGAUUUGCAGAAGCUCUAAUCUCAAGGUGGUUAGUGCCAACUAUUUGUCUUGGUCUUUUUUGUGUGUGUGUGUAUAUGUAUUUUAUAAUGUGAUAUAUUUUAAAGCAUUUUUUCUAGUUUCACUUCUGAAUCAUGUGUGGCUGUGAUAUAGUGCUUAAAUUAAACUAGCUUGAGUACUCGCAUACGUUUCUGUAAUUGUUUUUCCAUUACUAUUAUAACUUUCACAAUCAAGAAAAUAGAUUUUGAGUAAGUGUGGAUGGACCUUGACCGCCAAAGUACCCCCUUUUUGUAUCCAAGUGAGCUUUUACUGCCUGUGCGUGUCUCAGCUUAAGGGAUCAGAAGUAAUAAUUUUUUUCCUGUCAUCCUGGUGAUGGUGCAGCAAAUGACAGACCAUUUUGCUGACAGAUUUACCGUCUCCUGAAGUGCUAUUUCAUUGUCUAGGCUUUCAACUCUGUAAUGCUUAAGGCUUGAUUUUGCUCCCAGCACAGGUCUGCUGUCUCUUACAGUGCUGCAUUAAUAUAACUGUAUGUAAGAUGCAGCUCUGCAUGUCUUGAAUACUUUCUUUCUUUUCACCUUUUCUGUUUAUUAAUUUACUUUUUGUGGUUUAAGUCAUUCUUUUGAAGAGUCAGGCCAGUAUUUAUUCAGAAACAGUCUAAAAGUGCAGGGGUUUUUUUUUGUUUUUUUUUUUUAAUGGAAGUAAAUGCACAGUGAAGCUGAGAUCUGGCUGAGGUUGGAGAAAACAGCAGGAUGGUUCCUAUUUAGAAAUGGAAAAGUUUAGAAAAUGAUUGACACUUUUCAUGUCUGGAGAAGUAUGGAAUGGUUAUAUGGGAUAAUGUCUUUGUUUCCAAUUAUAGUACUAAUCCCUGAUGAUUAGGAAAUGCUGCUUUUACAGAAAUCUGUAAAUAUGAUUGGCCCAACCCAAAUAGAAAAGUUGGUUAAAAAUGAUAGAAAAUGAAAAGCAAGACAUUAUUCAAUCGGUUUCAUUUUAUUUAUUUAUUUUAUUUAUUUAAUACUUGUGUAAUUCUUAUUGUGGUCACAGAUUACAGGAUUUUGCUGUAUUUUUUUUACUUCAUUUUUUGAAUUUGUGAAAUUGCAGUAAACUGUUUUUCACUUUGUGAUGGUUGUUGAUGCGUCUUGGCCCAAAUCCGUGAUAAUUAUGAAAAAUUGCAAGCUCCUCAUAUUGCAGAGUUUGCUUGAAUUGAGUUGAUUGACCAGACACAAAUUAAUACACAAUAUUCUAGUAUUUAUUGGCCUUUUCCUAUUAUAAUGUUGUGGCUAAAGAACUAAUUUAUCAGUGGGCAGGGGGGGGGACAUGUGUCCAUGUUAAAGGCCUACAUUCACUUACCUAGAGAAAAGUGUAUGGUUUCAAAAUGGAAAUUGUGUAAACCCACCCACUUUCAAAAUGAUUCAUUGCUUGAUCCCAGCCUAAUCCAUUCCAAAAAAAAUACUAUUCAUAUAAAAUGUUUCUCAUCCAUCAUGUACUUUUAUUAUAGCUAUAUGUAAAGCAUACAAAAUGAUUAUGAAAUUUUUACAAUUAAAAAUAGAUGAUGCAAGUUAAGAAGGAAUAUAAUCGGAUUGGAUUGCAAGCAGUAUAUAUUCACCAUGUUCUGAAAUGAUUGCACUUAGAAGAGAUAGGUAUAUUAUUUAUAUAAAAAAGUGCAGAUUAAAUCAAUUUCAAGAAAAAAUGCUACAACUGUGCAUGACCCUCAGCCAUGCAAGGUUUUAUGAGACGCUUAGACAUAAGGGCGGUGAUGUGGGUAUUGUGGGUAGAGCCCGUCAUAGUGAUACUCCCUCCAUUGCUCGGCAUUCUCACGGUUCCUUUCAUACUGCUCUGAAAAUGGUAAGAAAGAGUAUAGACAUGACUUUAGUGACAGGUUGUUCUGUUACAGAUAUUGCUACUCUCAAGCUGGCUUGUAAAUUAUAUAUUAUUUAACGCAAUCCAAAAUAAGGCACAUGCUAACUCUAUAUGACCUUGAGAAACCAGUACGCGCUUCAGCUAGUUCAGAAUGCGUCCAUCAGUAUUCUUUCCAGGAAAAGAAAUUCAGAGCACUGAAUUAGCUAUACCUAAUGACUUCCACAUUGACAGUAAAGUCCUGCUUGUGACUUAAGGCUUAAUGGUCUACCUCCAGCAUCUUUCUGAUCUCAUGAAGCAGUGUAGCUCAUCCUGAGCAUUUUACUCAGUUGAGGCAAGCAUACAGUUAUUCUGAAUCACUUGCAGCUCAGCUGGUAGAAGCAUUUCUUACAUCACACAAGCGCUACACCUGUGCUUCAAGAUGGACUUGUUUAAUGUGGGCUAUUUGUAGUUCUUGUUCUUUUUUUUUUCCUUUUUUUUUUAUUAAAAAGACUAAUGAUUUGUAUUAAUUUUCAUGAAUGAUUGUAGAUUUAUUCAUUUAUUGUGCUUUGAUCAUACAUAUUUUUGCCUAGUCUUACCAAAUAUGAAAUCUGCUAUUAUAAAUACAGAUUGUUUUUUACUAUAAAUUAAGCUUUGGUAUUGCAGCUUGCUUUAGUUUUCAGGUUCUACACUGCCGUGUGUCAAACAGCAGGUUGUGAUUGCUUGGAUUAGUGUGCUAUUUCACUCAUCAGAUGUUGAUUACUCCUCCAGACAGCAGCAGCUUAUUAAUGGGCCUGCUGGAGUUUUUUUUUUUUUUUUUUGAGCGUUGGAGCCAAACUAAUCAGAGCAACAGACACGUCUUACCAUUUCGGCUCUCCUCCAGAUGGUUUUCAUACUCAUUGCUCUGCUCCUCAUAGUACUCCCUCCUGCGCUCAGAGGCAGCUGACUGCAACUUAUGCUCCGCUGCAGGGAAAGAAAGCAUUAUCUUUUGACUUUUUAGGUACACACUGAAGCUGGCUUUAAUUUGAUUUUGUGGCGGGGUCCCCCGGCUGUUGAGUUGAAGGUAAACUGAAAUGGCACAGUCUAAAUUACCCACAUAAACUAUGGGAAAACUAAGCAAUAAUGUUCAUUGUAACAAGAACAACAAUCUGUUUGGACCAUUAAUUGCAGAAUAGAACAAUUUGCCUAAUUAUUCAAAAUUGCUUAUUUAACAGUUAAAUGGUUUGUCUUUUUUUUCUACCUUUUCUUCUUCUUCUUUUUUUUUUAAGUAAGGAAAUCUUGGGCGAGCUUUCACCUAUUGUUGGCAAAACAAAGCCAAGCAUGACAUUCAGUGCAGACAUUUUCUAGUCCGUCAGGUUAGACACAGCAACUAUUACAACACACAUCAUAUAGCUCACAUACAAGCGAAAUACUGCCACUUAGUUUUACACGCAUCACUACUGUCACCGACUAUCAACUAUUGACAGCAUAACGCAAUCAGAUCUCAAUAAGUGAUCUUAAUAAAUAUAAAUAAAGUAUAUUUGUUUGGGGGUGGUGAUAUGCAUAUGGUGGUAAGCAUUCACUACUGGAGUAAUUAAAGCACGAAGGUGUAGUCCAGGGUUGUCCAGACUUUUUUGUCAAAGGGGGACGAUUAGAAAACAACAACAUUCCAGAGGGUUGGUCACCAAAAUAUUAAUUCAGAACUCAAAUCUAGUGAGUUUAAGUGGAAUAAUGGAGCAGGGUAUCACCCGACAGCUGUAAGUUGUGACACAGGAUGAUAUUCUUGCUCCUUUUUGAGACAAAUAACAUUGAUUAAUUUAGUUAAGGACUCUUUCAAGGAUUCGUGAAAGCUUUUCCAUUCUUAGUGGUUAGAUGCAUUGCCACGUAUUAGCUCUGGUAAUGUUCUGUCCCAUGUUUGCUCUGGAGAGCGCCCAGCUGCUUCAGGUUCUGUGACUUCUCAUUCUCUCAAUCCUAUCAUUUUACAAUUCCCAUGAUUUAUUUGAUAAUGUCUCAUGAUAUUAAAUUCCUUAAUUACCUCAAUGGUCUUUUGACGUAUCAGACACAUUUUCUUUGGCUUUCAGUGAAACAGUAUUCUUAUCUCCAGCUUUUUCGAAAUUGCUCCUUCUCACUGUUAACGUUGCACUUUUUGUCUGUCGCUAUUACUAAAUAUCAUUCAGUGAAUUCA